AUUGCCUUUGAAUCGGAAAAUGUCUUUUGUGCGAACAUUAGCAAACAGACUGACACCUGCUGCCGUUGUGCCCCGCUCCACGCUUUCACGGUCGUCAACAAUACAACCCCAGGUUGUUGCACUAUCAGCCCUCUCCUUUAGACUCACUCCGUUCCACUCCAGUAUGAGGCCUUUGACCGCACAGGAGAUUUCCAAGCCUAAAAAGCCUGGAACUGCUUACACCCUCUUUGUGGUAGAGCGCAGACCGAAUUAUAUCCUAGAGAAUCCCGAUGUUAAGAAUACGGAUGUGUUCAAGGGCCUUGGUGCCGAGUGGAAGAUGCUCUCUGACGAGCAGAAGAGGGCGUAUGCUGAACGUAUUCCCGGGCUAAAUGCACAAUUCGAGGAUGAUAUGAAGUAUUAUGUCCAGAACCGCACAGCAGAACAAGCGGCAAAAGACGACGCGCCCAAGGUUAAGCGAGGAACAAGCAAAAAGGCUAAGAAGGAUCCCAACAUGCCUAAGCGCGCGUUAUCGGCGUACCUAUUUUUCUCCAACGACAUGAGACCCACCCUACCUACUGACCUUAAGAUCACGGAAAAGGCCGUCAAGCUCGGUCAGAUGUGGAAGCUGACGGACGAACACCAACGACAGAAAUACGUGGAGCUUGCAAGUAAAGACAAGGCCAGAUAUGACCAAGCCAUGGCGCAAUACAGAGCUAGCCUACAAGCGCCAGCGUCAGAGACCGACGGAUCAGAGAGCGAUUGAGGGGUAAGAGACUUCUUACACAACGAGAUAAAGCAAAAUCUAUGAUUUCCUGCCAGUGCAAGUGUAUACGAAUGCAACUGCCCGAACAUGUGGUCCGGAAGAUAGACCAGCAAAUCGUAGUUUAGAUAUGAAUAAGGGUAUUGUCAAACGUUCACUCUGAAGUACGAUGUCCUCCUACAUGGAGAUAAAUUCAGGUGUAUGGGUUAAGAUGAUGAUAUUAGUGGAUUGCUUGAGGACUCGCGGACUGCGUUAUCUCUACACCCUUUCGCCACGCGCGCCACUUUCCGAGGCCUUUUAGCCAACUGUUCAAGGAGUCCCGUUGCAAGACUCCAAAUACGCAUACAUCGAAAUAAAUCUUUCUGUAACGU